AUGGUGCUGCUGUCCGGGGCAGGGGAGCAGCUGUCCGGGGAGCGCGUGUACCCCGCACCGGAGGCGGACAUGGCCAGCGCCGAGGAGGAGAGCGACCUCGAGCAGGGUGCGGCGGGGGCUGCCGCCGAGGGGCUGGGCGAGGAGCAGGAGGAGGAGGAAGAGGAGGAAGAGGAUUGCGAGGAGUACGAGGACUUCUCCGAGCUUCCCGACACCUGCAGCAUCGCCUCGGAUGACUCCUUCUACCCGCCGAGGGGGCUGGAGGACGAGGAGGACCAGUGGUCCCUGGAGCAGGGGGAGCGCGACAGCCCCGAGGUUCUCACUCUCUUCCGAGCCUGCUGCACCAACAACACCAUAGUGCUCAAGGCGCUCAUCCGCCAAGGCCCCGAAGAGGAGGAGGUGCGGGAGACAGACCGCAACCGCCGGAAUGGUCUUAUCGUUGCCUGUUACCAAGGUUAUGUGGAUAUUGUAAUAGCCUUAGCACAAUGCCCACACCUUGAUGUGAACUGGCAAGACAAUGAAGGGAACACAGCUCUCAUUACAGCUGCACAGGCAGGGCACAUAACCAUUACAAAUUAUUUGUUGAACUAUUUUCCUGGGCUUGAUAUUGAGAAGAGGAAUGUGUUUGGAUUCACAGCACUGAUGAAGUCUGCGAUGCAGGGCCGAACUGAAUGUGUGAAAGCCUUGAUGUUGGCAGGGGCAAAUGUUCAUGCGACUGACCCAAGCCGUGGACUGACUUCAUGGGAAUGGGCUUGUUUCACAGGAAGAUCAGAAUCUGCCUUCAUCAUGCAAAAGCUGAUGGACAGGCCGUGCCCAGAACAGCUUUGUGAUCAAUAUAAACUAGAAUGGCCAAAGAUGAAGGAACUUCUUGCCAAGGCUGCAGAGCCAAAAAGCUGUUUGCAGAGGUUUUCUGAGUGCAUGAGGGCAGCUAUCUCAUUCCGGUCUUUCUAUGGCCCAGAAGCAGACGGGGUCCUUGACCAUAUGGUGAAGGUGACAACAAGUUUGCGCAGUCCUUUCAUUGCCCUGUCCUGCCGGACUGUGUGCCCAGGCAGCCCGCCUUCUGUGGGGAAACGCAGACUGGCUGUGCAAGAAAUCCUUAGGCAGCAGAGAGCCGAGGAGAUCCGAUCUCAGGACAAAGAUCACAUUAGCAGCUAUGAGAAGCUAUUUCAGAACUCCAAAGUCACACUGAUCCCCAAGAAGAAGGACCGGCGAGCCAGCCUGCAGCCCAUCAGCCUUGCAGUAUCCCAAGUGAACACCAUAGCCACUAGGAAAGCAAGCCUCUUGCCGCUCCACCUGCUCAGACGGAGCAGUGUCAGGCCAGGAUUUGUAAUCCCCAAAGUCCGAGUCAGCAAGGCUCCUCCACCCACCUUCCAGCCAGAGAAGGCAAGAAGGAGGAGCAGUGCAAAGGAUGACCCUUAUCUGCAGAUUCCCAAGUGGAGGUACAAGGAGAUAAAAGAGGAGCGAAAGAAGGCAGAGGAACAGGAAAAGAAGAAAGCAGCAGAGGCUCAAAAGCUGAAGCAGGUGUCUCCUGCCAGAUGCAGGACCUGA